AUGAGCCCAGACGGAUGCUCCUGUGAGCGCCUCCUGCUCAGUGGGUCCACUGUGGGCUCCUCCUCGCCUGUGCAUGAGUUGGUGUUGGGAAGCUUCCAAAAGGACUGGCUGGUGUUGCUGAGGGUUCUGUCCUCAUUUCCCACUGGCGAGAGGCAGGCCUCACAGUCCCCCGGCCCUUGCUUCCCUGUCCAGAACGAGCCAGGGCCUCAAAGGAGCUGGGCGCCGCCAGCCUGUGACUCUGGGAGGGGUGGCCAGCGGCGGGUGCUUUCAGAGCAGGUUCUGGCAGCAGCUCUGUGUGGGCAGCAGCACAGCGCCGGGCCUUUUGCAGGGAGAGACAGAGGCCAGGCGGCCCCAGGGCCUCUUCUGCUCCAGGCUGUUCCUUCUGCUGCAGCUCGGAGGCAGUGCCUGGGAGCAGGGUGGGUCUGGGCUGGCCGAGGUGGACCACAGCCACUGGUAGGGGUGUCCUCUUGGCCAAGGCUGUGGCAGGCUUUAACCCCAACCGAAGUGCUGCAGUGGGCUGGAUCCCCGAGGAGGAAGCGGAUCGCAGGCUCCGUCAGAACCUGCCCCUGGCCACAGAAGCUGCAGAUAAUUGCCUUUGAUGAGCUCAGGACAGACUUUAAGAGCCCCAUAGACCAGGGCAACCCUGUCCACGCGAGGGAGCGGCUGAGGAACAUCGAACGCAUCUGCUUCCUUCUGCGCAAGCUGGUGCUGCCCGAGUACUCCAUCCACAGCCUCUUCUGUGUCAUGUUCCUGUGCGCGCAGCAGUGGCUCACCCUGGGGCUGAACGUGCCGCUGCUGUUCUACCACUUCUGGAGGUACUUCCAUUGCCCGGCCGACAGCUCGGAACUGGCCUAUGACCCGCCGGUGGUUAUGAACGCAGACACCUUGAGCUACUGCCAGAAGGAGGCCUGGUGCAAGCUGGCCUUCUACCUGCUCUCCUUCUUCUACUACCUGUACUGCAUGAUCUACACACUGGUGAGCUCCUAACUCCAGAGCAGGCACUGCAGAGAUGAUGGGGAGGCCGAGGCUGAGGAGUCCGUUCCCGCUGGUGACCGGAGGAGGGCCAGAGAGGGACGCGAGGAGAAGGUCCAGCAGGCUGUGAUGGCCGCGCGGACCAGGACAGCGCAGCGGUGGCCUGGGUCACUGUGUGUCAGUCUGCACUCAAAUCCCACAUGCAGGUUGUGGGGCCCUGGAUGUAGGUGACGAACGCUGAACUCCACUGAGCCACAGUUGCUGCUUUCCAAAUCCCCCCGUUGGUGAAGAGCUCCUGGCCCCGGGAACAAGUCGGAGGCUGGAAGGUGUCUGCCAAGGACAGACGCCAGUCAGGGCUGCGUCCUCGGGCCGUGGGACAUCGUUGAGAGCCGCCUGGGACACUCCAGUUCCUCCCCAGCGGUGGCCUAAGCCUGGCCUCCACAAAGGGCUGGGACGUGGGUGGCGGCCCAGGCACAGCCAGCAGUCUGUGGUGUCUGCGCCCCCUCUGCGGGUCCGGCGGUGACUUCCUGAGUGGCUUUGGGGUAGGGUGUUGGCAGCGCUGUGUUGUGUCGCUGGGGAGCUGGGGAGCGGAAGGGGACAGGGAAUUUUUAAAAUAUUUGCGACACGUU